UGAUUUGGCAGUGAUGGAUUCAGAGAUUGGAACACUCCUAAAUUAUAUUGAUUUUCAGAUAGAGCAGGAGUAUUUUCAGACAUUGGAAUCCUCACCAGAUCUCCGUCGUGGGCUUCCAGGACUUCUAAGAUACAAAAGAGAGUCCCAGGAAAGAACGUACAGUCCUCAGCCCCAACAGCAACUGGACUCUCCAAUAUGCUGUCAGUUCUGUGGUUCGAGAGCUUGGCCGCCUCUGGAUCCGGUUUAUGCAGAGACACGAGAGGACUUCUGCUGUGAGAAAUACAGAGAGUUGUUUGAGAUUGUGGUCCAUGAAAAGCAUCUAGCUAUGGAACGUUCUGAUGCAAGGCCUAGUGGACCUGCUCGACUAGAUGACCCCUUCAUCACUGAGGACGAAGAACUACAAGAUAAAGCACAAGAAAGAGGAAAACGCAGUUUCAGACAGCAGCAGAGAGAGAUGCAGAGAUAUGACAGAGAUGCUCACUCCAGUUUAUUGGCAUCAAACAACAAUGUGCCUCAUGAUAAAACAGUCAUCAGUUUCCGGCUCUCUAACUGUCCACCCAAUGAGGAUGUUUGUAAAGUUAAAGAGUACAUGCAUGUGGACGAGACCUCUGGACAAUGGACACAUGAGUCUUCAGACCCGGGGUCAAUUCAGUUUGGUUUAACUCAUCACCAGUACAAUUCAAGUUUCUUGGAGAAGUACUACUCUAAUGGAGAUAAAUUUCUCACUGUGUUUCCAGAUGCUUCUGCACAAGUUUUCUAUCCCUCAGGAAACCUGGCUCUCGUCAUUCUCAGCAGCAAGAAGGAAAGGAUCUGUAUCAUACAUGAUGACAUGCCGACUCCUCUCUGUCCAGUCCGAGCCCUCUUUCAGUCUAAUGGCAGAGCCACUUGUUACCAUAGCAACGGCAGCAUUUGGUAGGGUCGAUUGCUAUUACACUAACACAGAUCUCAAUGUCUCAACCGGACUGAUUAUUGAUCUAACUGAGGAGGGGACAGUCUGA